ACUACACAAAAUUAUCUAUUAAUUAUCAGUUCAGUACAUUAAAUUAGUUUACAUUAAUUUGUUUUGGCGGGUUAAUUUAACUCAAUAAAUGACCUACCACAACAUUUAAUUCGUAACAUUGAAUGGUGUUAAUAGAACUAACUCUGAUAAAUUAGACAAACUAACUUAUACCCCAGCUAAAAUAUUAUUAGGAAAAUUGAUCAAAAUUAACUUAAAUCAUUUUUUAUCUCCUUGAUUUUGUUACUUAAAUCAAUUUCAUUUUAGUGCUAUAGCAUUAUUUCUUAAGAAAAUUAGUUUGACUCUUAAUUUAUUCUGUUUUUAAAAAGGAGCAUCUAAAUUGCCCCAGUUUUUUUAUCUGUAACAUCUUUUAGAGAAUUUCCAAGAUUGAUUUACAAAAAGGUCACCAAUUACAAUUUAAUAGACAUUCAACUCAACAUAUUUUAUUACAAUUGCAAUUCUCAAAUCGAGUGUAAAGUCUCAAGCACCCAAACUACCGUUAUCAAACACCCCAUUCGAUGGCCUAUCGGUAUCCAAUCGACUAGUAAUUUUCCCACAAGAAAAAAAGCAAUUACCGCCACAAGCCCACAUAUCAAUCCACGUGACCACCAUCUCCGUAUCGAUCAUUGUAUUUGGGGUACGACACAAAGAGCUCGCACCAGAGAGCAACCUGUCGCUCCUCCGCUCUAUCUCGCACGUUACCCUCGCUCCGAUUGGACGGGCGUGGAGCUUCCAGCCAACCAGAGCUGGAACAACCGCUGGAUGCCCAAACGUCAUUGGUCCAUGGCGUCGCUUCCAAUUCAGCUCGUUAAAUAUAAAUUGGUUAAAAUAAUAAUGUCAUCGGUCAGUUUAUCCGUGACUGUGCUCCAAUUCCUAAUACCUCUAUCGCUCUAUCACUAUUUUUUAUUAUAACUAUAAAAAAAAUAAUCGAAUUAACAUGGAGGGUGCUCCGUUCGACGACCAGUCGUUCGUGGAUUACAACAAUCAGCCUUUGCCGUCUUUGAGUUCGACACUCUUGAACAAAAACCAAGACAACAUCAACGUGCAUUCGAUACAAGUGUUGAUGGGUUUGCAGCAGCAGCACGACAUGUUCGGGAACAUGGGAUCGCCGCUAGAGUACAAAGGAUCGCCUCAAAAGUUGGACAACUCGCCCAUGCAUCAGGAUCUGGGCCUCUUCCAGCAGGGCAUGGACAACGUGAACAACAACGGCGGCACCAAGAGGAAGACGGAGGACGUGGUCAUGAUCCAGAGCCAGAAUCUGAGCUCAACGGAGAUCGGCAAUCCUCCGCCCGCCACCAAGAAGAGCGAGAAGAAGAAAACGGACAAUAACGGAGUUAAGAAGAAGAAAACUAGAACAACCUUCACCGCCUUCCAAUUGGAGGAACUGGAACGGGCUUUCGAACGUGCCCCCUACCCCGACGUGUUCGCCCGCGAAGAGCUGGCGCUCAAGCUCAACCUGAGCGAGUCCCGAGUCCAGGUGUGGUUCCAAAACCGCCGCGCCAAGUGGAGGAAGCGCGAGCCGCCUCGCAAGAGCGGAUACAUCAGCUCGAACUCGCCCAGCUCCAGCAUCACCACCAACUUCAACCAGACCCUUCCGUUCACACAGGCGAACACGCUGAACUCCACAUCCGCGCCCGUCGACACGUGGAGCUACCAGUCCACUUACGACCUGGGCCCGCACCUCAACCUGCUGAACACCACGUCCGGCUCCUACUCCAGCUUCGGCUCGCCCGCUUCGUACUCCAGCUUCGGUUCGACGCAGAACAGCUACUCGUACAUGCUCAACUCGCACGACUCCCAGUUGUUCAGUGCGCCGAUCAGGAGCCACGACUACGGCACGCCGCCCGCCACCCAGAGCCCGCCGUUGGGCAGGGAGUACUCGAUGCUCCAGACCCACUCGCCCACCGCCGAGGACAACUCGAUAGGUGUUAAGAUCGAGUACGUGGAGCACAACUUGAACGGUUCCCCGGAAAGGUACGCCACCGGUUCGCCCGGCUACGACCACAGGUUCCACGAGGAGGGCCUGCAAAAGGAGAUCAAGACGGAGAACGGGAACAACCAGACUUACGUGACGUUGCCCCCUUUUCUGAAUUAGCCAAACUUGUACAUAGGCAUUACUAUUAAGGUUUUAUUUGAUUUCGGGAUUUGUACAUACAAGAAAUUAGUUUGAGCAAUAUAGUCAAAAGUGUACAUAUUUAUUAGUUUGUUUAAGACAAGGUUUGGACCAGAUGUGCCAGGAUUGAUAUUAGGGUACUAACAUUAGUUUGGGACCAAAGGUGCAGUACUAGUCUGAUAGGAAAUUCAUGUUAUUGCUUUUGCCAGUACUUGCCUAGUGUUUGGUAAAUUUUAUUACCUUGAAAUAGUUGUAAACCAUGUACAAGAUUGUUCCAGUACAAUCCUAGGUUACCUGUAUAAACAUUAAAGAUGUGAAUUAUUGUGCCAUAUAGUAUUAAGUGUAAUUUGUAGUUGUAAACUAGAUAGUAGUAUGGAAAACAACGAAGAUUAAAAACGUGCCAUAUUUUUCUAAUUAUGAUAUACAAAUAUAUUUAUAAAUAA